AUGGCGCGCCUCCAAUCCACGCUGGUGCUGGCGACGCUGAGCACAGCCUUUGGCGAGGCCUUCUAAUACGGCUGCAACAUCGCUGUGGUUAACACACCGCGCAAGGUCUUGAAGUCCUUUUAUAAUGAAACCUACUUUGAGCGACAUGGAGCCUUCAUGGACGAGAAAGUCAUGCUGCUGCUGUGGUCCUGCACCAUGUUCAUGUCUCCUCUGGGCGUCUCGGUGGAGUUCUUGCUUAUUGGCCUGCUGGUUGACAAAUGUGGCAAAAAGGGAACACUGCUGAUCAACAACGUCUUCGCCAUCCCUGCCAUCCCGAAGGGAGUCAGCAAAGUGACCAAAGCUUCCGAGCUGAUCAUCUUUUCUCGAGUGGCACUGGGAUUCUGUGCAGGCACCUCCUACAAUGCCCUUCCCAUGUACCCGGGAGAGUUAGCUCCCAAGAACCUUAGGGGUGCUCUGGGAACAAUGACGGGGGUGUUUGUCAGCGUGGGAAUCUUCCUAGCACAGAUCUUCGGCCUGCAAGCCAACCUGGGCAACCCUCCAGGCUGGCCUGUGCUCUUGGCACUCACAGGGGUCCCCGCACUGCUUUGGCUCCCCUCUCUGCCCUUCUUCCCUGAGAGCCCAAGGUCCACCCUGAUUCAGAAAAGAGAUGAAGGGCUUCCCUGGUGGCGCGGUGCUCUGCGGAAGCUGAGAGGCUGGGCAGUUGUGGAGGACGAGAUGGAAGGAAUGCGCGCGGAGGACCAGGCCGAGAGGGCCGAGGGCCGCCCGUCUGUGCUCAGCCUCCUCACGUUUCCGCCUGUCCGCUGGCAGCUGGUCUCCACCGUCUUGCCCAUGGCUGGCCAGCAGCUCUCCAGGGUCAACGCGGUCAGCUACUACGCGGACAUGAUCUACGCCUCCUCGGCUGGCAUGGAGGUGGCUCAUUCCCCGUAAGUAACAGUGGGUGCCAGCGUGGUCAACACAGUGAUGACCUUCAUCUCGGCAGGCGCCGUCGAGCGGCUGGGUAGGUGGCGCCUCCUGCUGGUCGGCUACGGCAUCCGCGUCUUGGCGCUGCGCUUCCAGAGCACGGUGCCUGAGCUGUCUUACCUUGGCAUCAUCUACAUCACAGGACAUUCCAUCGGGCCCAGUCCCGUGCUCUCCGUGGUGAGGACCGAGAUAUUCCUGCAGCCCUCGCCCGCCUUCGCAGUGGACGGGGCCGUGUUCGGGCUCCCCACCGUCAUCGUGGGCUUCGUGUUCCCGUCCAUCCAGGAGGUCAGUGGUGCCUACAGCUUCAUUACCUUUGCCAGAAUCUGCCUCCUCACUGCUGUUUACAUCUACAUGGUCAUUCCUGAGACCAAGGGCCGAACAUUGGAGAUAAAGCGAAUUUUUGCCCAGAGAAACAGAAUGGAGUUUCUGGAGAAGAAAGAAAAAAUCACAGAUGCUGGGCCUCACAUACCAUCUCUGCCUGCCAGGGAGACUUCCUUUUAG